UGAGUUUGUAAACACAUGCAAAUACAGGUGAGCACCACUCGUGGCAGCACUGAGCGCCCGCCGCCGCCACCAACAACAAGGCGCGAGGAAGAAAAGUUACUCGUCAUUUUUACGACCAUAUGCGACGCAAAAGGAAUUAUAUAAUAACCUUUACAUUUCAACUUAAUUUGUCAGAACCCUACUGCGAAUAAUGAAAAUAUGUAAGUAACUGGGCGGCACGGUGGCCGACUGGUUAGAGCGUCAGCCUCACAGUUCUGAGGACCCGGGUUCAAUCCCUGGCCCCGCCUGUGUGGAGUUUGCAUGUUCUCCCCGUGCCUGCGUGGGUUUUCUCCGGGCACUCCGGUUUCCUCCCACAUCCCAAAAACAUGCAUUAAUUGGAGACUCUAAAUUGCCCGUAGGCAUGACUGUGAGUGCGAAUGGUUGUUUGUUUCUCUGUGCCCUGCGAUUGGCUGGCAACCAGUUCAGGGUGUACCCCGCCUCCUGCCCGAUGACAGCUGGGAUAGGCUCCAGCACGCCCGCGACCCUAGUGAGGAGAAGCGGCUCGGAAAAUGGAUGGAUGGAUGGAUACCGGGGCAAGAAUGCCUGUGACCAUCACCAGAGCUCACGGUGUCACCGUGUUCACGCUGACGUCGGACCCCAAAAGUCGCUGUCCUCCUUUGUGCCAAAUCCUCAAGAGCCUGUGCUACAGCCCCUCGUGCUGUGGAGUGUCCCAGCACAUGAGGGCCACCAUGGGGAAUUCUCAAGCCAUACUGGGGGCCCUGCAGAUCGCCGUGGGCUUGAUCACCAUCACACUCGGCGUCAUCCCCAUGUUCGGGGGCUUUGAGGACCCCUGGUGGAACAUGGAUAUGAAUUUGUUCUCCCUCUGGAUGGGAUCAGUGUUUGUGCUUUUCGGCAUCAUCUGCAUUUUGUCUCAGAAUUACCCAAGUCUGUGUCUGGUUAUCAUCAACGUGAUUCUGAACCUCUCUGGCGUGUUAUUCGCCAUCGCCAACAUCAUCCUCUGCGGCAUCAACAUAGGCCUCAUGGACAUGUGGGACGUGUGCGACCCCAGAUAUGACGACCGCUUCAGCUAUGACUGGACCGCUCAGAAGCCCACGCAGAGUCCCAACGAGAAGCUCUUGGAGAAGGAAUGCUUGCAGGGGAAAGAGUUCCUUAAUAUGUUCCUGAGAGGCCUCAACGGCGUUCUGCUGCUGUUGGGAGUCCUGGAGCUGUGCCUGGUGAUCAGCUCCUCCGUCUUGGCCAUCAAGGCACUGAGGAGCAGCGAGAAAGGAUGCUGCAAGAGCCUUGAUGAUCCAGAAGAGUACAAAGUGCUUCCGGAGGAGGACGUUAUCGCCAACCCUUCAGCCUAAAAAGCGGAUACUUCUUCUUUAUACCGCCACUCCACAAUAUUCAGAAUUACACUUUUAGUUUAUAUUUCAUAUACUCAGCAUGUUUGGAAUUGAUAACACAUUUUACAAGUUAAGAUGAACAUCAUUGAUAUUUUGCCAUCUUUUGCACUUGAUUUUAUACUUCAUUAUAGCUUUUCUUUUCUUAGUCUAUUUAUUUUUAUUUUUUUCAAACUCACUGAUUGUAUACUGGAGGGGAAAGAGAGCUUUUUGCAGAAAACAAAAAAAAUCACAUUCUUUCUGUAGGUCUUUAUGUUUUGGAAUAAAGUCAUGACACUUGUU